ACUUUAUCACAGACAACUGCUUCCUAAGCAGGCAAGCUACUUAUCAAACAAUACAGUCUUAUAAAUUAUAUAGAAUUAUCUAAUUAUAAAUAUACAUAUUCAUUAUAUUUAAUUAUUAUUAUCAUGACUGCGGUAACUGAAAAUUGUAUAAAUUCUAUUAUGACUCAAAUUGCUUCCAAAUAUAAAUUUACAAAUUGGCAGUAUUCUCGUGAUAAAUUUGAAUGUAUAGCACAAAACUAUUUCGGCAUCCUGAUACCAGUAGUAUUAACUGGGUACAGAGCUGAAAAGUAUAUAGAAAUUCCAAUUGUUUUGAAACUUGCACCAACAAAUGAAAAAUCUAGAGUUAGUGGUGCUGUAACAGCUAUGUUUGCAAGAGAAAUAUAUAUUUACACUUCAAUUUUCGAAAUCUAUCAGGAAAUGCAACAGAGCUGUGCUUUUACUUCAAAACUAGUUAUUCCAAAAUGUUAUCUUGUAUGUAAAGAAUUUUGUAAAGAAUUCAUUGCAUUGGAAAAUAUGUGCACACAGGGAUACAAACCAUUCACAACAGGAUUUUUUUUGAAUUUAGAACAUAUUAUUGUAUCUUUGAAAACACUGGCCAGAUUUCAUGCAUUCUCAUUUAUUUUGAAAGAAACAAAUAAGAAUACAUAUGAUGAAAUUACAAAAGUAUGUAUACCUUUAACAGAAAAGUCAAAUAAGAGAUACAUAGAUAUUAUGAUUGACAGACUUUCAAAAGCUUUAGACAAAUUUAAAGAAACAGAAUAUGUGCCUCUUCUACAAACAUUAAAAGAUAAUUGUGUGACUUAUUUUCAAGAAGCUAUAGACCUUGUGAAAGGGAAAUGUAUAUGUCAUGGAGACAUUUGGAAGGAAAAUAUACUAUUUAAGUAUGAGGGAAAUGUACCAGUAAAUGCCUGCCUGAUAGAUUACCAAACAUCACGGGAAUCGAGUCCUGCAGUAGAUACAUUGUACCUAAUUAUCAGUAGCACUGACACUGAACUCCGACAAAAACAUUUUCAUAAACUCUUGGAUACAUAUUUUCAAACAUUUGAUCAAAUGCUUUCAGAAGCUACAUUGAUUACUGACAAAGUGUAUUCAAGAGAAAUGUUUAACAAUGAUUUGAAAAUUGUUUGGCCAGCAUGCCUUAUUACUGCUAACACUGCUUUAUGGCUCUCAAGUGGUCUACAGCAAGAGGGUCAUGUUAGAAGUAAACUUGUAUGGAAUACUUCUGAGGAGAUGGAAAGAGCUGUGAAUAAUUAUAAAAAUAAAAUAAAAAGUAUAAUUAAUGAUUUCUGUAGUUAUGGGUUUUUGAAUCUCGAAACAGUAAAAUGAUAUACCUAAUAUGGAUGAUGAAUAUUUAUGGAUAUGUUUUAUUAAGCAAUCAUGAAAUACUUUAAAUUUCUAUUUACAAUUUAAUUAUCAGUUUUAUAUUUUGUAUAAAAAUAUAUUGUUGUAAUUCGAAGUA